UUCCGUUUCCGCAGUUUGACAGUUCUUUUUGGUAAAGUCUCCCGAAAAUGAAGGCUAAAGGAGAGGUAAGAUUCGUGAAAUUCGGAAAUAAUUCUUUCAUAGAACCUGAAAUCACAACAAAAAUAGUGAGCUACUUCCUAAAAGCAGAUCUCAGAACUAUAUGAAUCCUAUAGUGUACAGAAAGUGAUAAAAAUUGGAUAUCUUGGAAGCAGCAUACACGUUGUCGAUACAAUGUGCCGAUGAUGUUUAUUACACGAAACUCUUUUUUUAUUAGACUAUCUUGUUUACUCUUAGUUAUAAUCAUAUUUUGAAAGUGGAAAUAUGUCGCAUGAAAAGUAUUGUUGAAGGAAUAUGAAGUCAUUGGACGCAAGCUCCCAUCGGAGAGCGAGCCCAAGCCACCACUAUAUAAGAUGAGGAUCUUCUCUCCAGAUCAAAUUGUGGCAAAAUCUCGCUUCUGGUAUUUCCUUCGCCAAUUGAAGAAGUUCAAGAAGACUACUGGUGAAAUUGUCUCCAUUAAGGAAAUUGCUGAAAAGAGUCCCAUCAAGAUCAAGAACUUCGGUAUCUGGCUGCGUUAUGAGUCCCGAUCAGGUGUACACAAUAUGUACCGUGAAUACCGCGACCUCAGUGUUGGCGGUGCGGUCACACAGUGCUACCGCGACAUGGGCGCGAGGCACAGAGCGCGUGCUCACUCUAUACAGAUUAUCAAAGUGGAGGUGAUCAAGGCAUCAGCCUGCCGCCGGCCGCAAGUGAAGCAGUUCCACAACAGCACCAUCAGAUUCCCGCUACCCAAGCGUGUGCAUCACCACAAGCGUCUCAAUACCUUUGCAUACAAGAGGCCCAACACUUACUUCUUGUAAUUUUACUGUUCUCAUAACAAUAAAAUCCAUGUAAUGUGG